UGCAUCCGAACUUUGGACCACAACCCGCCGCCUCCCGAUCCCGCCGCCUGCUCCAAGGUUUUUUCCCACGCUCGCUCAAGUAAAGGGCUUGAACGCAUCUCAUCACGCAUCUUACCAUCUUUUGGCAAACAUCGAGCGACUACAAGUAGAAAACGGUAGAAGGAACACAUUCUUGAUUGAUAGAGAGACAGCGAGGAUGGGAGAAUCGUCGAAUGCGCCGUCAAAACGCUUGGCGGUUCUCUAUGCGUACAAUGGAUCGCUUUUCCAAGGCCUUGAGAGGUCAAAGGGAUUGAAAACCAUCGAAGGUGUUUUGUUGAGCGCCAUCGCAACAAUUGUGGGUGAAGCGGACCCGACAAAGAGAGUUUCGCUCGUCAACAUUAGUCGUGCGUCUACAACAGAAGCUGGCGAACAUGCUGCUCGCCAAGUUCUCUCGCUUGAAGUGGCGGCAAGCGAGAAUGCGCCAAUGCCAACCGCUGAAUCUUUGACGCCUUUAUUGCCGGACGGUAUCAAGGUGUUCGAUAUUAUCCAGCUGAACACGUCCUUCUCGGCGAGGAGGACCUGUGACACAAGGACAUAUGAAUAUCUUAUCCCGACGUAUGUAUUUGCACCUCCCCCGCCCGAAACGCAUUACUCGUAUCCUCCCCUGUCGGAUACAGAAUUUGAAGAGCUAUGGCCCGUAAAUGAAAAUCUAGGUCCUCCUGGCGGUCUUUUCAAGACUAUCAAGCGAGGCAUGUCUCUCAAACGGAACAAGAGCCAGGCACGCUCCAUGAGUCGCGCAAAAAGUGUGAACCGAAAGGCGAGCCGUAGGGAUGCGUCUGGCCCGCCAGAAGACACUGUGGCGCCUCCUAAGCUCGAGCGCUCCAUGUCCAGUCCUUCCCUCCCCUCUCCCCCACCAUCUCCGUCGUCGCACCCAGUAGAGAAGAAGAGUGGUCUUCGCAAGUUUUUCGAAACGCUUACCCGCGGCCGCUCAAAGACAAGGAACGUGGAAGAAGAAGUGCCCGUCACAAUUGCGCGUAGCAAGAGCAGAAAGGGGCAGGCUGGGGGAGUUCCAUUGACAGCUUCAGGGUCAGCUCAGUCGUUUUCUAACGAGGUGUCCUACUCAACGUCUUCACCGGAGAAGGAAGAUGAUUUUGGCUUUAUUGCCACACUCCGUCGGUCGGUAUCCCGUAAAUCUACUCGCAGAAGAGACCCCGAAAUCGCCUCUUUGCGGGGAUCUGGGGAGGAUGCUCUGGAGGAGGAGAAACCAGAGACUGCCGAACCGCAAUACUUUGAUCCUCUCCACUUCCCUCCGCCCAGCGAGGAGGAACUUAGCCUGACUCGCCAGUACCGAAUCACCGAAGACCAAGUGAAAGCCAUGAAUCACAUUUUGGCCAUGUUCAAUGGAACACACAACUGGCACAACUAUAUUCCUGGCGCCAAGUAUGAAGAUUCACGGUGCUACAUGCGCAUCAUCAACAUUGAAUGCAGCGCCCCAGAGGUGCACUUUGGCAUGGAAUGGCUUCGAAUUAAGGUCCAAGCCAAGGCUUUUGCGCGGUACCAGGUCCGCAAGAUGAUGGCAAUGGCUAUCAUGGUCAUUAGAACCAACACGCCACGAAGCAUUGUUGCCAACUCAUUUGGAUAUGCCAAGAUUGAGAUACCGGAGGCUCCUGCGAUGGGAUUGAUUUUGGAUGAGCCGCACUACGACACUUUCAACUCUGAUUGCGAGAGGAGAUCUGAUCCAAAUGGCAUCCACUUUGCCAAACACCUGCCCGCGGUAACGGAGUUCCGUCAUCAUUCAAUUCACGACCCUGUGUACCGAGCCGAACUUGAGUCCAUGAAAUUCAACGAAUGGGCACGAAACCUCGAUGCUUAUUCCUUCCUGUACACGUACUACCUCAAUGAACGCGGGGUGAUCAAACCAAACACCAACUAUGUUACCAAGGCGGCCAUUGAGCAGGAACGUGCCGCUGCUGAGGCAGCGAAGCAGGGUGUUGCUGAUGGAUUGUUUGUCAAAGAAGAGGCGAAAGCGUGAGCUCAGCAAUUCUACAUGAUUUAUUGACAGUUGUGUUAAGUCGUAGGUAAUGGGUAGUAUUGGAAUAGUGUCGUUAUAGGAGUUGUAGUAGUAGCGUUGUAAAGACAGGAUGGAAGCCAAUUUGGCAUAUUUUUGGGGAGCAAGGGCGGUGGCAUUCAAAAUUACUAUUUGUAUGAUUUGUUUCGGUUCCUAUCAUUUUCUGUGUCUUAAUACAUUUUCAUGUUUCUUUUGGGAA